AUGAAUUUCUGUGAGGAGAUAGAAAAUCUAUGUCAUGAACUAGAGAAAUGCCAAAUUUAGAACUGUGAAAGAUUGCAUCCAAGAAUUUUUAGUGGAGUUUGCAUUGGGAAUCUAAAGAAUAUUUGUUAAUAAUCAGAAUAUUGCGGCUUACAUCAUUUUUCUUAAGAAGAAUUGGAGGAAGAAUUUACUAAAUAACCAAUAAAUGGAAUCUAUAAGCAUAAUUUGUGCUAUAAGAAAUGCAAUAAUUAUAAUUGUAAAUAUUUACAUCCUCCCUGGUUGGAGUAUAUUUGUGUAGAUUGUGAGAACAAGAAUUGUGAUAAAACAAAAUUAGGAUUAUGGCAUACAACUAAAUGGGCAGACAUAAAAAAGAAAGUAUAUGAAAAGUAUAAUAUAAAUAAAUUGAACCCUGAAAAAUUUGAUACUGAUGGUGAUUGUUCAUACGAAGUUCAAAAAUAUAAUUUUGAUAAAUAUUGUAUCAAUUAUUUUUAAGGAAUCUGCCCUCAUCACAGAUGCCAAAAACCACAUAAAAAUUGGGAAGAUAUAAAAGAUAUAGGGGAGUUUUAGAAUUUAGAAGAUUAAGUUAUUAAACCUUGUAUCAAAUAUGACGAAAAUAAAAAUAAAUAUGUGAGUUAACCUCAAACCCUAAAAUGUGCUGUUUUUAUGUAAAAGAAUUCGCUUCAAUUAAUGAUAAACUAAAUAUAAUAAAGACCACAAGCUGAUAUCAUAUUUAUUUUAGACUGUACGAGAAGCAUGGAUAAAUGGAUUGAAGUUUCAAAAAAGAGUAUCAGUUCUAUAAUUGCUGAGUUUAAGAAAAAAGUAUAAAUAAAUGCUGCAAUAAGAAUGGCUGCAGUCUGCUAUAAGGAUUUUUCAGAUGGUCCAAAUCAUAUUCAGUAUCACAAUUUUACGGUACGGCCAGAGGAGAUUGAAAAAUUCCUUGGUAACUUAAAAAUUGAAGGUGGCGAUGAUAUCCCUGAAGAUUUAUAAGGUGCUCUUGACGUGGCAUAUAAAUUAAAAAUUUGCAAAGAUCCUGCAAGUCUUUUAUAAAUUUUUAUAAUCACAGACGGUCCAUGUCAUGGGAGGAAGUACCAUAAUUUAGCUUAUGAUUAAAAACCGGAUGUUCAAGAUUUGGAAGAAAAGCUUUAAAAAUUCGUAGAUUUAAAAUAGAGAUUUUUUCUCUCCUUUUUAUAAAUUCAUGAGCAAACUUAAAAAAUGGAGAAGGUGAUCCAAAGUGUGGUAAAAAACUAUUAAAGUGCAAAAAUAGCGGAUAAAUAGUUUUCAGAUUAUAUUGUAUUCUCUCUAGCUUCUACUUAUAACAAAUCAUUAUCAAUGAAUGUAAAUAAAGAGUAUGAACAUGUUUGCUCAGCUUAAUAUACAAAACAAAAAGAUAUGCCUUACAUGUACAAUAAUAGAAAAAAUGAAAAUUAUUAUGAUUUCUUUCUUUCUUAAAUUUAAAAAACCUAAAAAACAGGGUAAACUUUAGUAUUCAUUGAAAAUAAUCAACUUUAAGUGAAUCAAUAAGGGGAAUAAUAAGAAGUGUUCAAGGGGUUUGAUUAAAAAAAUAAUGUGCACAUUAUUAUAAAAAUACAGAAAUCUAUUAUUAAAAAAUUUAAUUCUAAAACUUUGACUGCUGAUGAUAUUGAUGAAACUAAUAAGAUUACAGAAACUAAAUAUAAGCAAUAAUUGAUUGCGAAAUAAUUGAGUCAUCAUUUUAAUUUCUGUUGCAAUAGAUCAAAUAUCUAGUUUACUCCUCUUUAUUACGCAACUCCAUAUUUAUAUUUAUUAGAAAAACCUUUUAAGGGUGUGAAGCUCAUAUAUGCAGAGAGUUACAUUGAUAUUGAUUUGCCUUGGAAGAAGUACACAAACAAUACAGAGUACAGAGAUGAAUGCAUUGACUUAACUGCUUUCUCUCACUUUUCAUUUCAAUAUACUAAUUGCUAAAUGAUCAUAACAGAUUUAUAGGGGAAAUCCAAUAUCUUAAGUGAUCCAGCAAUACACACUUCAAUUUAAAAUUAAAAUUUAACAGAUUCUACUAAUUUAAAAGAUGAUGGAUGUCGUCGAUUCUUUUUGAAUUAGCAUCCAGAAUGUUUAACAAUUUGCAGAUAACUACAAUUAAUUCCAACAGAAAUUUAACAAAAGAGUUCAGAAUCUAUUGUAAAUUAAUAAAAUGUGCCUUCCUAAUAGGUAGAUGCUUAUUUUGGAAAUAAAAUAAGUAGUGACAAUAGAUUCAAAGUAUGCAGUAACUGCAAUGUAUUAGAAAAAUUAGAACAAAAGUCUGACACUUUUGAACUUUGUGACAGCUGCAAAAAGGAAUCAUAGAAUAAGGAUACUGUGAACUGUUAAUGCUGUAAUGUGACAUUUGAAAUCUCUCUAAAUUUUGAAUAGAUUUUUGGAACUGUAGUGUAAUAUUGCCAAGAAUGUUAAAAUAAAUAAUGCCACACGACAGUCGAAAAGAAAUGUUAUUAUUGCAGUAAAAGAAUAUGUUUACAAACAAUUAAGGAAAUAGUAAUAAAUGGUAAGAGAAUAGAAAUUUGUGCGGAUGCUCAUUACUUUUUAAGGUAAGUUAAAUGUAAAAAUUGCCAUUCCAAUUAUAAUUUUGAAUAGUUAUUAAGCCAAGAGGAUUAUUACAGAAAUAAUUAUCAUUGCGGAUGCAAAAACAAAUGA